GAGAAAUAAAAAACAAAAUCUCCCCGCCGAUUUCGGUUGCCCGCUUUCUGGUGUAGGUUGCUAGGGCCUAGGAGCUUUGGUCCCUAAAUAGGGAGAGAAAAGAAUUCUCCGUAGUCUUUCCAUUUUUAGUAAUCAACUCAUUGAUUUCUAAAAUUGGGUCACUGAAUCAUAUAAUUAGACACCAAAAACUGUACAAAAAUCCGCUUUACUUUGUCUGAAAAUUAAGAUUAAAAAGAAAAAUGAGUCUCAAUAGUAAAUUUCUUCUUCAGCAGCAGCAGCAGUAUCAUCAAGGCUUCAAGAUUCUGCAUCAGAAAUCUCUGCCUUGCUUUGACCAACACCCUUUUGUUUCUUUUCCCAAGAAAUGGAAAUGCUUCCACUCAGGUGGUAAUUCAAGACUGUUAAUUAGUAGAUGUAUCUCAGAAAAGUUCUCUGAUUCGCUUGGGCCUAGUGACUCUGAAUCACUUGAGAAUCUGAAACAAAAAGAGAACACUCUUUUGACAAUUUUGAAGGGAGCAAACUCUUUUCUGCCCCACGUGGUUCUUGGUAGCACAAUUUUGGCUCUUAUAUAUCCACCUUCUUUUACGUGGUUUACCAACAGGUACUAUUCUCCUGCAUUGGGGUUUUUAAUGUUUGCAGUUGGAGUCAACUCAAGUGAAAAGGACUUUCUUGAAGCUUUCAAGAAACCAGCUGCAAUUUUUGCUGGUUAUAUUGGUCAAUUUGCUGUGAAGCCCCUGCUCGGGUAUCUUUUCGGCACACUUGCAAUGACCGUAUUUGGUCUUCCAACUUCCUUAGCUGCAGGGAUUAUGUUGACCUCAUGUGUUAGCGGAGCACAGCUGUCAAAUUACGCUACUUUUCUAACUGAUCCACAAAUGGCCCCUCUUAGUAUAGUGAUGACAUCAUUAUCAACAGCUACUGCUGUUUUUGUCACCCCUAUUUUAUCGUUAUUGCUUAUUGGGAAAAAGUUGCCUGUGGAUGUUAAGGGAAUGGUUUCCAACAUACUGCAGAUUGUCGUUGCACCUGUUGCUGGUGGACUGCUUCUGAAUAGAUUCUUUCCGCGGAUUUGUAAUGCAAUUCGGCCGCUGUUGCCUCCACUAUCAGUUUUUGUGACUGCUCUUUGUGUUGGAGCUCCGCUUGCUAUUAACAUAGAGUCUCUCGUAUCCCCAUCUGGAAUGUCUGUUUUGUUGCUUAUGAUUGCAUUUCAUUUGUCGGCGUUCAUCUUAGGUUAUUUACUUUCCGGCAUAGCAUUCCACAAAGCACCAGACGUCAAACCUCUACAAAGAACGCUGUCAUAUGAAACAGGCAUGCAGAGCAGCCUUCUUGCCCUUGCUCUUGCAAAUAAGUUUUUCCAAGAUCCUCUUGUUGGUGUCCCUCCAGCUAUAUCAGUUGUGAUCAUGUCAUUAAUGGGCUUCUCUCUAGUAAUGCUGUGGGCUAAGAAGAAAGAAACUGUUAUUGGGUGAUAUAAGAUAUUAUACUUCUAAAAGUGAUCUUAAACAGAUUAUCCACCAAGUUCGAACCGUGCACCAGCUGACCUUAGGGGAUUUCUCGAUUAUCAGAAAAAAAGAGAAAAAAGAGGAGAUCUUGAAAAAAUCUCCGUCGUGAAAGUUCUUGUAGUGUCAAGAACCUUACAAUUAAAAGAUGGUAUCAUAUCACCAAAAUUUUAUGUGGAAUGUGUUUUUUCUCCUCAUCAUUCCAUCUGUAAUUUUUCAAGAAAUGUGCUGCCCAAAAGGCUCUUUGUUGAAGAUUUCAAUUGCCAUUGUAUUACUUUUUGGACAAAUGACCUGUAUUAUUAAGGGAUUCAUAAGCAUACUGAGCUCACAUUCAUAGAAGUUUUAAGCUUCAGUUUGUGGUAUUGUGAUUCAGACAUGGGUAAGUCUGCUUACACACUAUCCUUCCCAGACUCUA